AUGGCGAGUGCAGCUUUCUCUGGUUACGGAUACCGACCAAUGCCUAAGUUAAAUGAACACAAUUUUGUUAUUUGGAAAAAGCGUCUGGCGGUGAUCCUUGAAGCGGAAGGGAAUUUAGAUGCCAUUGAAAUGCCUAUGCCCACUGGCACGAGCGAAGAAGAUUUGGCUAGAAUUAAGUUGUGGAAAUCGCAAAACAGCAAAGCCAGGGUAACCAUAUUAGAUGGACUUGAAGACGAACAUUUGUCACUAAUUGACAGCAGAGACCAUGCUGCGCAAAUUUUAAAUGAUUUGGAGCGGAUGUAUGGAGGCAGCGUGAAGAGUGAAUUGGAGCUUUCGUAUGGAAACAUCAGUAAGUGUGCUCAAUGGAGAAGAUUAAUACGCGAUCUUUUAAAGCUUAGAAUGAAUUCUAAAGGAGAGUUUUCAAAACAUGUGAAUGAAUUUACGGCUAUACUGCAGAAAAUACAAGUGACUGAGCGUCCAUUUGAUGAAGACCUAAAGGUUGCGUGCUUCCUAGCAACACUAGGACCCAAAUUUGAUACAUUUGCUUACUUAAGGGAGGAUAAAGGCCAAUCGACUUUUAAAGAUGUGAUUGCCUAUUGGAGGCAGGAGUGCCAAGGGAGAGACGAGUCUCCAGUCAGAAACCUAAGGAGCAGUGACUCCGAUUAUGUCUCGAGACAUCACGCGAAGGCCAAAGGCACACCUAAGAAAGUUGUGUGUUUUAAUUGCCACAAAGGAGGCCACAUUGCAAAGAACUGUGGAGCUCCAAAAACACCAAAGCCCCUUCCUUUUAAGCAAGAAAAGGAAAAGAAGGGGAAUUAUCAGCGUCCUUGCUUUUGCCAGAAAAGUGCUUAACUGCUAAUAAUCGCGAAAACAAAUCAAGUUAGCGGGGCAACGUCCCAUUUUUCAUAUAAUAAGGACUUCUUUGAAGAUUAUAAUAAUAUUGAUAAAUCACAAGGUGGUGAUAUUGAAGUUGCAGGUGGCAACCUUAGUUCCCUACGUCCCAGAACUGAAUUGUAAUAUGCUCAGUGUGUCUACUUUGGACAGAAAAGGUUUUAUUUAUUUCUUUUUAAAAAAAAAUAAUUUUUUAUUAGUUUUUACACAUAUUUUCCAGCAUAACAUCCUUUUAAACAUCAUUUCGAAAUUUUUGGCUAUUGCAGCCUAAGACUUCCUUCAACCUUGACUGCUGGUUUUCUAAACUAUGCAUUUUGUUGCUAUAAUUAUUGCUAUAAACUCAAAUUUCCAAUACAUCUAUUCAUAAUUCUUUUCAAAAUAACUUAUAAAUUACUCCUUACAAAACUUCUUCUAACCCCAUAAGCGAUGUCAAUUGGUUACAACUGCUUUCCAAACAUAUCAAAAACGUCUUCCAUUCCUUUAGGAAAUUCUGGUCCUGCUUGUUCCGAAUUUUCCCUGUUAGUUUCGCCAUCUCAGCAUAGUUCAUCAGUUUCUCUUUCCACUCUUCUUUAGUUGAAAUUUCUUCUUGUUUCCAUCUUUGGGCUAAUAGUAUCCUUGCUGCAGUUAUCGCGUAUGAAAACAAUUUUUUAUCAUUCUUACGAAUUUCUGUACCCAGAAUAGAAGGACAGAAAAGUUUUUCAAGUAGUAUUUGGAAACUGAGAAUGCAAAGUAACUAAGAAUGGUGAGGUCCAAGCCAAGCGAAUAAAUUGUGUAUAUGAGGUUAAUCUUUCAGUACUUCAGUCUGCAAAAGUGGUGCGCUCAAACCAAAAGGACGAGGCGGACCUUCGAACUCUGGCACAGAAGACUUGGACACGCCAUACUGGACCUCCAAAAGAACGAGCUUGCGAGGGGACUGCAGGUAAAACAGAACAACACUGCACCAACAAAAUGUGUAAGUUGUGUCGCUGAGAAAGCUGUGAAACUUUUUUUUCCUCCUUGCACCGAACAGAGAAGCACCAGAGUGCUAGACACAUAGUCCGCAGUGACUUGUGUGAGCCAAUGAAUGUUCCAUCACUGGGGAAGAACAGAUAUAUACUAAAUUUUCUCUAUGACUUUUCAAAGAACUGCAUAGUAUAUUUCCUCAAAGGAAAGAGUGAAAUGCAGGAAAUGUUGAAGAACUACCUUGCCAUGGCGGAGAACGAAUUCCAGAGAGCACUGGCUAUGCUAAUGCCUGAUAAUGUGGGUGAGUAUUGCUCACAUGACUUGCAAUCUCUCCUGGAAGAGGAAGGAAUUGAGCAUGUUGCCACUGUUCCUUACACCCCACAACAGAGCUCAAUAGCUGAAAGAAAGUUCCGAUCCGUCAUGGAGGUGCAUGUUCAAGGAUGCAUGUUCAAAACAUGUGGGGAGACGCAGGAGGAACUGCGAUCUCUCUCCAAAAUAGACUGCCAACAAAGGGAGCCAGGUGUUCACUUUUUGAACUUUGCUGCGGGAAAAUUCCUAGCCUGUCACACAUCUGUGUAUUUCGAAGUCUUUGUUGCCACCGCGUUCCCAGGGAACAUAGACACAAGCUUGACUCCAGAGCGCAAGCAGGUAUUCUUGUGGGAUACGCCUCUGGAGGAAAAGGAUACAGAAUAAUGGACUUACAAACAGGCGAAGUAAGUGGACGACAUGCAGCUUAUUUUGAUGAACACAACAAAGAUGACACAAGAAAUAGUGUUGUGGAUUUUUCUGAGGAAUCGGAAGAAGUCGAAGAUCUUGUGUACUUUCCCUCCCUAACCUUGUAAUGUCCGGAUCUGCCUUUGUACACAAAGUCGAAUAAUGGACAAAUUUCUUACGUUCUUGCUUUCGUUGAUGAUUUGAUUAUUGCCACAGUAAAUGACAGAGACCGUGCGCAGGUUGUGAAAAACUUAAGCAAAGAUGUUGAGGUCAAGGAACUGGGAAAGAUCCAGUUCUACCUUGGAAUUCAAGUGGAAAGAGAAGAAGGCAGUUCAUUUCUUCUUAGCCAAAAGCAAAAGAUUUAUGAACUGAUCCAGAGCAUGCAGGUGCAAGAACCACAGCCAUGA